CUAAAUCGAAUCACUCCAGUCGCAAUGGCUCCCCGCUGCGCCCUGCUUUCUCGGGCACAGCGUAUUACAGACCAGACAACAUGUCCGUUGCUGAUGACCUGCACCCCGUCAUCCAGCCUGGUCGCGUGGCCGUCAUCACUGGCGCUGCGAGUGGUAUUGGGCGUGCGGCUGCAAAAGAAUUUGCAAGGAUUGGAUUAAAAAUCGCCAUCGCUGACGUUCAAGAGGAUAAGCUGCUUAGUGUCGGAAAGGAGCUUGCCGUCGUGAUCGGCGAAGCAAACAUCUUGAUCGUCCCAACUGAUGUUUCCAAGCUGGAUCAGGUCGUAGCUUUGAGAGAUCGAGUUUAUGAAGCUUGGGGAGAGGUCGCCGUGCUCAUGAAUAACGCUGGCGUUGGUAACGUAGGGACUUCCUGGGAUGGCAUCGAGAAUUGGCGCAAGGUAUUUGACGUCAAUUUGUUUGGGAUCGUGAACGUGCAGCAAACUUUUGUUCCUAGUAUGCUCCAUCAAGAGAAUCCAGCCAUGGUCAUUAAUACUGGAUCCAAGCAAGGCAUCACAAAUCCACCGGGCAACGCAGCUUACAACGCGUCCAAAGCUGCAGUUAAAAGUCUCACAGAGGGCUUAUCGUACGAGUUGCGCGAAAACGCUCGUAGCAACGUGACCGCACAUCUUUUCAUCCCAGGAUGGACCUUCACUGAACUGACUGGAUCCAAUGACUCAACAGAAAAACCAGCUGGGGCUUGGUCGGCUGAAGAAACUGUUCUGUAUAUGCUUGACAAAGUCCGAUCUGGAGACUUCUACAUAAUUGUUCCAGAUAACGAAACGAAGAGAGAAGUCGACCAGUUGAGGAUUAUGUGGGCAGCGGCGGAUGUUGCCGAGGGAAGACCGGCGUUGAGUCGGUGGGACCCUCAGUACAAGGCGCUCUAUGAGGAGUACAUGAGGGAUGGGCUUGCUCAGUUGGAGUGAUCGGACGAAGAAAAAACGGAAGCUGUAUGUUAUGGGAGAAAGGAAAAUCACUUGUAUGUUAUUCAUAGACUUUUUCUUUUGUCUUGCCGAAGUCUUUUAUUCUUUCAAAGACUCGCUUAGUUAUUUUUUUACCUUCCGUAGUCGUCAUUCAACAUGACAAUCGCGACGUCAGGAAGA